AUGAGACGCGUACCAAGCACCCGCGCGGUCCCAGCCCCAGCGGCGGCGGCAGCGGCGGCGGCGGCGGCACAGGCACGUGUUUCCGUGGAAGAUAGGACUCACCGCGCAGCCCGCACGUCGUUCCGCGCGACCACCUGGGCAAGUGCUGGGGGCGCAAGCGGCGCACGCGGAAGCGGGGGGGUGCCAAGGGCGGAAGUGGGGGCGGUGUGGAGCAAGAAACUGCCAGCGGCGGGCGGAGGAGAUCCGGGGGCUGGAACGAUUGACGCAAGUGGCGCUGGGACGGACAAGGUGUCCGGGGGAACAGCAAGCGCUGGCGCGGGAAAAGGGGGGACCGGCGGUGGGGCUAAGAGCCUCGAUCCUCCUGCGUCCUCUCUCAAAUCAUCGUCACUCUCCCUCUCUCAAUCUCAUUUCCCCAAAUUCAUUCCUCCUCGGUCCCCCCUCCCAUCCCACCCCCUCCCCCACGAGCAGGUGUUUCGGCUGGAGAGUGUGCGAGUGGACGCGUGGGGGCGAGUGUUCAACGGCACCACUCUCUUCCACUCCAACGCCUGCCCUGCUCCCUCCCACCUCCCCAGCCCUGCCAACCCAAGCAACAACCACCACCUCAUCAGGGACGACUGGGUGGUCAGCCUGCGCACAGUGGGGGGCUCAGCCGCUUUGGACCUGCUGACAGUGAAGCGCACGUUCAACCGCGCGCGCGUGUUUGUGGCCCCGCACGCCCCGCUGCUCAACCACAUGGUCUUCAUGCCGCCCCGUGCCGUGGUGCUGGAGUUGCGGCCGCAGGGGGCGCAGGGGAGCGAGUAUGCGGUGUUUCAUCGGCUGGCGGAUGCGUGUGGGUUGGAUUACCAUCUGCUGCUGUGUCAGGGGGAGGUGCCCUGGAGAAUGGGGCUGGGGAAUAUGAGCAGAAUGGAGGCUGAAAAAAAUGGCGAGCGAGGGGGAGCGCGUGGCGGCAUGCGCCGCACCAUGGCCCUCCUGAAGGGCAUGGCGGCCACAGCGGAGAAGAGUGAGGGGGAGGAGGCGGGAAAGGGGAGUGCGUCGCGGGAGGCAGCGGAGGGCAUUGGCGCGCAGCCGCUCAAAGGCGCCUGGGAAAAUAUUAUCGCUGCGCUGGAAGUGGAGGAGGUGUAG